UUCUUGACUUGUAAUGCUUUUAUUCCUGGCUCAGCAAGCUCGCUGCUCGCUGUCUACUAAAUACAAAUCCAGGCAAGGGCCCAUUAUGAUGCCGCACCACGCAACGCGGUCACUGAAGCGAGACACUUUUGUCUCUGCAAAACGCCGUCCCAGAAAACAAGACUAUAAAAAUGCCAUGGACCAGGCAUGCUCAACACCAAAAGAAAACCCCAUAGUAGAAGCCGGCAAUGGAAAGACAGCACUUGUCUGACCACUGCGGGGAACCUCAGAAACUGCCCACAACACCAUAUGACCAGUUGUUUAACGCCGUCGAAAAAAGCAAAUUAUUGAGACAGGAAAGAGUACACGGAGAGUCGGGGUCAAGCAAGCCCCUUUGGUCUGGCACAGCCAUCAAUCUAGGCCGUGGUCCACGAGGUGGGCCGGGUGCGGAAGUGCGGCUUGGCAAUCAGCCGGGCCAUCUUGCGGCAGCUCUCGGUCGUCGCCUCGACCAGCUUGCGUUUCUUGGACGUGGUAAACGUCAUGGCCGAGUCGAGCCACUGCUGGUGCUGCUGCUGCUGGGCGAGCAUCACAGAAGGGCCGUGGUGGUGCAUGCCGUGCGGCUGCGCCACGCUCGUCUGCGGCGUCAGCGGCAUAAACAUGGCCGCGUCGAGCUCCAUCGACAUAUCGGCGCUGAUGGGCAUUGUCGGCGCAGCCGUCUCCACCACCAUCGCCGGCGCAUUGUCCAUGGCCAUGUCAACCGCCACCGGCUCCUGCUGCGCGUAGGCAUGCGCCCACGGCCGCACGUCCGUCGACGACACGGCGACCACGUUGACGUCCGGGCCGAGGUGGCGCUGGAAGAAGGCCUCUGCCGUCUCGCCGGGGACGCUGCGGAAGGCCAUGCCGUCGCCGUCGGCGGUGACGGAGCAGCUGCUGUCGGCGUGCAGGUUGCGGUUCUGACCAAGCACCAUUGUGCGGUACUCGUAGUCGCGCAGUACCUGGCGGUAGAUGGCGACGGGGUCGACGGGCGUCGCGGGAGAGGCGGCCUUAACGAGACCCUGCUGGAGGUCCUGGAGCAGGCGCCAGUAGAGGGCGACGGCGUGGGCGGCGUUGUUGUAGGGGAAGUGGCGGGCCGGGACGCCUCUUGGCGACGACAAUGGCGAGAUGGCAGAGGCAUCCGAGUCGACGAGCAGGAUGGUCGGGGAGGCGCCGUUGGAGGGCUGGGAGGCGUAGACGUCGCGAGGCAGGCGCAGGGACGAGAGGGAGCUGGCGGCGAGGGGGGUGCGCGGGGGCGGGCGGAGGACGCCGACAAAGAGGUAGGGCGUGUUGACAAUCUCGCCAUUGAGGCCGACGACGGGGGGCGCGAAGGUGCGGAGGAAGGCCUCGGCAGAGGGCAUGUUGAAGGCCAUGGUGUAUGGAGAGAAUGCGACGAGGAUGGCGUGGAGAGGCCAAUUGGUGUGGAAGAAGCAGAGCUGAACGAGUGUGGAACGAAUGUGACGAGUACAGUAGCAGUGGAGUGGGAUGCAGCAGCAGCAGCUUGUCUGAAAAAGAGGAGAGAAGAGGAGGAGGUGAGGUUUUGUAGCUGUGAGUGCUAGACAGAGAGAGACACACACACGAAGAGAAGAGGCUGACGGGUGAGUCGUGCGGCGCAGUGCGUGUAAGCCUCUCUCGUCUCAUCCAGCAAAAGGAAGGCGCG